AUGGCCAACUCUGUAAAUCAAGAAAUUAAUGUCAACUCAAAGCAUAAAAAAUCAUAUGAUAGAAUCAGUCAAUUACCAGAUGUUCUAAUUCAUCACAUACUAUCAUUUCUUUCAACUAAGGAAGCAAUGGCGACUUCCAUUUUAUCAAAAAGAUGGCUUUGGGUUUGGACUUCAGUUCCAAUUCUUGAUCUUCAAGACACACCUUUUUGCAGAACUGAUCCAAACCUUCAUUUCAGACAAUUUGUUGACCAUGUUUUAAUCCUUAACAAAACAGCUUCUUUAGACAAGUUUUGUCUGAAAUUCAACUUAGUUGACCAUCCUUCCUAUGUUAAAACCUGGUUUCGGGAUGCAGUUUCUAGGGAUGUUAAAGAACUAGACAUCAGUGUCCAUGGAACUGAAAGUUUCCCUUUCUUGAAGCUUCCAUUUGCUCUUUUCACUGCUAAAACACUUCAUGUUUUGAAACUCAGCCAUGGGGUUGAGCUUCAUGUUCCUGGGACAGUUUCUUUGCCAUGUCUUAAGGUUUUAAAUCUUGUUUGGAUUAAGUACACAAAUGAUGAAUCUGUUUCUAGGCUUUUUGCUGGUUGUUAUGUUCUUCAGGAACUGGUUCUUCACAAACAUGCUGGUGAUAACACAACAUGUUCUAACAUUUCGAUUCCGACAUUAAAGACUUUGUUCGUACGGUUUGCACCCACCGGUCGGCGUAGGCACAAGCUUAAGAUAAAUGCCCCAGUUCUCAAGCAGCUCAACCUCGAAGACAAUCUGACCCUGGAAUUUGAUCUCGAGGAUGUCUCUAGCUUAGUUGAAGCAAAUGUCACAGUUUCAUGGCUCGAAAAUCGCCAUAUCCCACUCCUCAAAGCUCUCAGCAAUGCUAAGUUUGUUUCCUUCCAUUGGGAUUGGUAUGCAGAAAUGAAAUGGCGUAACUUCAGACCAUAUCGUUUGUUUCUUAAUCUGGUCCAAAUGGAGCUACAUGUUGGUUAUGGUGGUUGGAACUUGCUAUCACUUUUCUUGGAAAUUUCUGAUCAUUUGGAAGUCCUUGUUCUUGCUAAGAAUGAUAAUUGCCGUGGACUUGGAUUCGAAUGCUCCUGGAAACCUCCGAAGUAUGUGCCGAAAUGUUUGCUGUCAAGCCUAUCAAUGGUUUAUUUUAAAGGGUUUGAAGAUCUAACAUAUCAGCUGAGUAUGGUGAAAUACAUUUUGAAAAAUGCUCGAGUUUUGAAGAUGAUGGAUAUCUCUAGUAAUGGAGAUCUGCCUUUGGAUUCAAAGAUUGAUUUGCUCAAGAAAUUAUUAAUGUUCCCUAGGGGUUCCAAAGCAUGCCAGCUUAAAUUCAACUAA